GGCUUGGUUUCUUCUCGAGCUUGAGAAGCAGCGCCGCAUGUAAUUUGAACACAACACAACAUCAUCGUCUUCUCUGCUACGCUUCGACAAAGAUGCCUCGAACGACCACCUUGGAGUGCCCGGGUUGCCCUCCGCUUCGUGCUCUAACCUUCGACGCACUUGGCCUCAUCAAAGGUCCUUUUCCAUACCCUUCUUCUCUUUCUUCAUUCAUCACUUUCUUUUUCUUAUUUUUCUCUCUCUGGUUUGUGUUAGUUGUGGAAAUCCGUGAUAAGCAACGAGGAGUUCCCCAAGUGGUAGAGAGGUGGGGCGAACCCGAAUCAUCCAAAUCCGUUAUGGCUGUUUCAAUGAUUCAUCGCAACACUCACCCUUCAUUAGCUGUAGCAAGGAAAAAUGGACAGAUUGAGGUUUUGAGCCCAGUAAAUGGAGAUAUUCAGGCUACAGUUUCGAAUGACAGUGAUUUAGAUCUUCGGUCUGAAGAGAAUAAUAUUGUUGGCUUGCAUUUAUUUGCAAAACAGAAUUUGGAGUUAGCUUCCAGGUUAUAUACUUUACUUACGUGCACAACCAAAGGAAAUGCAUGCAUAAGGUCCAUUGAAGCUGCUGAUUCACUGACAGGAUCUUCCAUUGGUUCUUCAAAAACAUGGAACGUAUGUUCUGGUGGUAACAUCUUGUGUUGCAAGGUGGACGGAAAUGAGAAGUUUGCUUUAUUUGGAGGGAAAGGUGUUGAAAUUAAUAUUUGGGAUCUUGACAAUUUCACGAAGAUCUGGAAUUCCAAGGCUCCUCCUAAAGAUAACCUUGGUAUAUUUACACCUACUUGGUUCACCUCUGCUACAUUUCUUCAGAAAGAUGACCAUCGAAAAUUUGUUGCUGGCACCAACAGCCAUCAGGUUCGCCUUUACGACAUAUCUGCUCAGAGGAGACCUGUUCUUUCAUUUGAUUUCCGUGAGACACCGAUUAAAGCACUAGCUGAGGAUAUAGAUGGUUAUACAAUUUAUAUAGGGAAUGGGUCUGGUGACAUGGCUUCUGUUGAUACACGCACAGGAAAAAUGUUGGGAUGUUUUUCUGGAAAAUGUGCCGGAAGCAUCAGAUCCAUAGUCAGGCACCCUGAGCUACCUGUGAUAGCUUCAUGUGGACUGGACAGCUAUUUACGCCUUUGGGAUACGAAGACAAGACAACUUCUUUCUGCUGUUUUCCUUAAACAACAUAUCAUGCACGUUCUUUUUGACUCCAGCUUCAUUAUUGAAGGGGCGGAUUUGAUACCCAGCGAGGAACAAAUUCCAACUGAGAUCAUGGACAGGGAAGAAAUUGAGGCGUCGCCUUUAAAAAGAAAAAAAACUUCUACAGACAAAGAACAUAUACUAAAUGGUAGUGAAAGAAAGAAAAGAUCUAAGCAGAACAAAGAACGCAAGAAGUCUGAAGGAAAUGAUGGACGUGAGAAGAUUGCAUCAAGAGAUGCAGGAAGCAAGUCAUCAUCCAAGAAAAGAAAUAAGAGCUUCCAAGGUUGUGAUUUAGAUGGAUUAAAUACCAUGUAAUACAAACAAGGUAUUUAAACUAAUAUUAGGAUGCAUGCUGAUGAAGCCAGAAAACUUUGAAUUAUGGCAGGAAUUUACUUUUGGUACAUUAGAAAAGCUUGAAGGUGACUUUAUGGGGAAGUGACUUAAUUUAUAUGGCAGUGCGGAUGUAAAUUUGUUCAAUUUUGUGAAUUCUCUAUACAUGAGAGUAGUGUGUUAAAGCUAUCCAACGUAGAAAGAGAUUUAGAUUUAGGCGUCUCCUGACUCAUUGGCAAAAUGUUGUGUAUUUUGUUAUUGAAGUUGUUGGCUUGUGGUCAAUCCAUUUUGCUUGUGUGAGAGUGAGAAAAUGCUUUGCAAUUGAAUUUCUUUUCUCAAUUUAUCCAAAUUGUUUAAAGUU